CAAGGACAGGGGGAAAAGAGCCAGCGCAGAGCACUGAAAGGCAGAAUUUGAGUGCAGCUACCUGCUGGAAAAGGAGCUCUUUUUCCUCGCCAAAGCACUGCCUUUGAUGAGGCAAAAGCAUUUAAUUCAGAAGCUCCGGCGGUGUGAAAUUAAGCUGCAGAAACUCUGGCACUGGAAAACUUCAUCAGAUAACAGGGAGAAAGGUUUAAUCACAAGAAAUGGAUGCUAAAGGAUUACAAAGAGAUGAUAAACUGAAAGUGCUUGUCAUUUUACUAGCAUAUUUGCUAAGUAAGGUAAUUUGUGAGACUGGAGACUGCAGAGAGCAAGAAUUUAGGGACCAGACUGGAAACUGUGUCCUCUGCAAACAAUGUGGUCCUGGAAUGGAACUCUCAAAGGAAUGCGGCUUUGGAUACGGGGAGGAUGCACAGUGCAUGACAUGCAGGCCAAACAGAUUCAAGGAAGACUGGGGCUUUCAGAAGUGCAAGCCUUGUCUGGAUUGUGCCUUGGUUAACAGGUUUCAGAAGGCCAACUGUUCUGCCACCAGCAAUGCACUAUGUGGGGACUGUUUACCAGGAUUUUAUAGGAAGACUAAACUUGGAGGCUUUCAAGACAUGGAAUGUGUUCCUUGUGGUGAUCCUCCUCCUCCCUAUGAGCCUCACUGUACUACCAAGGUAAAUCUUGUGAAGAUCCCUUCAACUGCUUCCAGCCCUCGAGACACUGCUCUGGCAGCUGUUAUCUGCAGUGCACUUGCAACAGUGCUCUUGGCUCUUCUCAUCCUUUGUGUUAUCUAUUGCAAGAGGCAGUUCAUGGAGAAGAAACCAAGCUGGUCUCUGAGAUCACAAGACAUUCACUACAACGGCUCUGAAUUAUCGUGUUUCGAUAGACCACGGCUAAGUGAAUAUGACCACAGAACAUGCUGCCAGUGCCAAAGAAGUGCAUCACAGACCUGUGGACCAGUUCACUUGAUUCCCUCACUGUGCUGUGAUGAAACCUGUAGUAUGGAGCACAGCAGUCACAGUUGUGCUUUCCACUCACAGACCACACUCAAUGAAAGAGCUGCUGAUUCUGUUGGAGAAAUGAUUCCUGCUUUCCUUGGUUCUCUUUCACACUCUGCCUGUGGAGACAUUCCAGAUGCUUGGCCUCUUAUGCAAAACUCAGCUUGUUGUGACAGCAUUUCUAUCUGUGAAUCAUAUUCAGAACUGGCUGGAGGAUCUGCAAAAUCCUGCAGCCCUGAGACUGAAAAUGCAGCCGCCGUUGAAUUGGAUAAUAACCAGGAACCAAGUGAAGUACUUCUUUCAGCUGAGUCUCUUGAUGGAAAUGUUGCAAAGUCCUUUGAAAUCUCCGAACAUAGAACAUGCACAGAAGUUUCAUCACUUCAGAACUCGGUGACUGCUGAAAGCCAGCCAAAGACAAAGUGUAAUGGAACAACAAAUGACUCUACGGACUGAUAAAGAGGGACUGGAGCUGUUUCUCAGCACUAAAGCUGAAUGCUUCCCUUACACUCCCCUGCUGAUUCUCAUCAAACAUAGUCUGGUCUUCAGUGUUGCAUGGUAUCCAAUCCAGCUGAAAAAAAUGGCAUCAUUUCACAUCUUCUGAGCAGUUGUGUCUGAGCUGUAACAGCUGUGAAGUUAAACUUCAAGAAGCAUCCUAUGAGGACCCUGAAAGUGGAUUUAUGACCUUUCCAAUCUAUUUCAGUUUCCUCAGAGUUCAAAAUGUCUAAUGGAGUGAGCUUAAUAGUAUAUGUAAAUACAGCAUGAAAUAAAAAUACUUCAGAGUGUUUGGGGGGGUCUCAAUUAUGGCUACAGGUGCCAGAAGAUGUGGGACAAUAUGGUGCCAGUUUUCUGCCUUCGGAUUUGUGCAUGCAUUAGGAUUUUUUUUUCUGCUGGUUCUAAUUUUAAAUAGUAUUCCUGCUAUUGAAGGACGUAAAAUUUGUAAAAAAAAUCCAUUUAUGUUUAUAAAAGGGUCACCUAUUAAUAAACUGAAGCUUUUAUUAUGUAUUACAUUAUAGUCAAUAAGCUAGUUUGGGGAGUUAGAGAAUUAGCAUGUUACAUACAGUAUGUGUGGUUGAAGUCCCCUCCAUCCAAUUAUUACAUUUUUGGGAGGUUGCAUUGUUAAGUGUAGGAGGAGAUUAGCUUUAAAUUAGAUUUAGUUUAAUGAAGGUCAGACAUAUAGAUAAGGACAUUGUGUUUAAUUAGUAGUCUCAGUAUUGGAAUACAGCACUUCUUGUUAUAGCAUAUAAUUUUGAAUGUUGAAAUAAUAUGUUAUCAACUGUCAAAUCAAAAUGUCAGACUAUAGCAGGUGUGCCAUGAAAGUAUUUAUACAGUGAGACUGUUACCAAGAUUUUUUAUUAAUGCAUUAUU